AUGGACAACGAAAUUGAGUUUUGGCAACAAUCUGUAGUUCCUGAUGACGGCUGCGAAGCACUGGCUCACAAGCACGAAGGGUUUGCCUCUCAUCUCACGAAGGCAGCAUGUGAGCUAUUCCGGCUCCUACUAGAACAGGAUCGUCUGGAAACAACUCGAUCCGACUACCGCGCGCUAAGCCGUGUAUUUGGCUACUUGCAGUUGUGGUGUGAUGGCUACGGUGCGCCUUCCGGUGAUCUCGAUGUCGUCCUGUCCGAAUCGAAAAGGUUGCGGCAUGACACUUACCGUUUGUUGGUGAGCAUUUGCAAUACACUGGCGGACAGACUACCGACGGUACUAUCCACCGGUAGUGACGACGAUUGGCAGCGCAGGUUAGACAAACAAGUAGCCCGGACCCGGGAUCUGAUCGAAGAGGCAGCUUUUGUCCACGGCAGCGACGACGGCAGUGAUUCAGCGAGCGACUCCGGAAGCGACGCCUCGUCUAGCAGCAAUAACUCUACUAUCGACAAUAUCGUAAAAGACCUCGAAACCGACAUCCAUUGCCUAGUCGAUUUGGGGCCAAGAUACAACGAGCCCAUUCGAGACAGAACUGUGAAGGAACAGCCUGCAUCGCCAUCGUUGACAGUGGACUGGGACCCGGCCGAACAUUUGGCUUCGCGCAUACGACAUCGUUAUCCAAACGGAGAUACUGCCGUGACGCAAAUCCUCGGCCAUGUGAAUUGGGAGAGGGCCAAAAGGCUGUAUGCAUCGAGAGAGGCGAAUGCACGGGCAGCCGAGCGACCAGCACUACAACUUGGACCAGUGCCCGAGGCGAAAGGAACAGCCAUUGCGUCCGAGGCGAAAGGAAGAGUAACUGCGUCCGGAUUUCAAGAUUCGGGCCUUGGGUCGACUUCGCCCUCGCCAAGCUUAUGCCCCGAAACCCUCCUUUCGUACCGAGACGUAAAGGGUGGAUCGAUCGGCAUUCCGCAGGUCCCUCCUGAGGGCAUGAAAGGCGAACCCUUUAUUUGUGGUAUCUGUGGCUGCAGCUGCCAGUUACCAAAGGCGAGUUGGAAGUCGUCCUGGAAGUAA